AUUGUUCGCAGCCUUCGAGGUGCUUGUGGUUCUCGUAGUACUUGUGGUGCUCGUAAUAUAGUCCGGGGAAUACUCGUAUGGAUUUCAUUCGGGCAACAACCUCCCGAACCAUCCGAGCAGUAUAAUAACCAACAGGGCAAGAAAAUCCAUAAAAGAACCCACCUAAACUACAAUGCUGAUGCUAGGCAGCAACCAAAACCGUACGGUAUAUCUUUAGAG